AUGAGUUCCAUUCUUAAAUCCAGAGUUAGAUACGCUCCAUACUUGAAUAAAUUGAGAACUGCUGAACAGUGUGUUGAGUUGUUCAAAUCCGGCCAAUACUUGGGCUGGUCAGGAUUCACUGGGGUUGGUGCUCCAAAAGUUAUUCCUUCGGCCUUGGCUGAUCACGUUGAAAAAAACAACUUACAAGGUCAGUUGGCCUUUAACUUAUUUGUUGGUGCUAGUGCUGGUCCCGAAGAAAGCAGAUGGGCUUCCAAUUCGAUGAUUUUACGUAGAUCUCCUCAUCAGGUUGGUAAGCCAAUUGCCCAAGCCAUUAACGAUGGUAGAACCCAGUUUUUCGAUAAGCAUUUAUCGAUGUUCCCGCAGGAUUUGACCUAUGGUUACUAUACCAAAAAUAAAGAAAACGAUUUAUUGGAUUAUACCAUUAUUGAAGCAACCGCCAUAACUGAAGAUGGGGCCAUUAUCCCGGGUCCGGCCGUUGGUGGUACUCCGGAAAUGGUUUCUUGUUCGGAUAAAAUCAUUAUUGAAGUUAACACCGCCACUCCUUCGUUUGAAGGGUUACAUGAUAUUGAUAUGCCAAUAAAUCCUCCUUUCCGUCCGCCAUAUCCUCACACUUCUACCGAUUAUAAAGUCGGGGUCAAUGCGGUCCCCGUGGACCCUUCUAAGGUUGUUGCCAUUGUGGAAUCAACCACCAAGGAUAAAGUUCCUCCAAAUACUCCUUCGGAUGCCGUUUCUCAAGGUAUUGCUGAUCAUUUGAUUGAGUUUUUCAAACACGAAGUUAAAAUGGGUAGAUUACCAGAAAACUUGCAUCCAUUACAAUCGGGUAUUGGUAAUAUUGCUAAUGCCGUUGUUGAAGGUUUGGCUAAAUCUGAAUUCAAAAAUUUAACUGUUUGGACUGAAGUCUUACAAGAUUCUUUCCUUGAUUUCUUUGAUUCUGGUUCCUUGGAUUAUGCUACUGCUACUUCAAUUAGAUUAACUGAAGCCGGUUUUGAUAGAUUUUAUGAAAAUUGGGAUAGUUUCUCCAAAAAAUUAUGUUUAAGGUCUCAAGUUGUUUCCAAUUCUCCAGAAAUUAUUAGAAGAUUAGGGGUUAUUGCCAUGAAUACCCCAGUUGAAGUUGAUAUGUAUGCUCAUGCCAAUUCAACCAAUGUCAUGGGUUCAAGAAUGUUGAAUGGUUUAGGUGGUUCGGCUGAUUUCUUAAGAAAUGCUAAAUUAUCAGUCAUGCAUACUCCUUCUGCUAGACCUUCGAAAACUGAUCCAACCGGGGUUUCUUGUAUUGUUCCAAUGGCUACUCACGUUGAUCAAACCGAACAUGAUUUGGAUGUCAUUGUUACCGAACAAGGUUUGGCUGACUUAAGAGGUUUAUCUCCAAAGGAAAGAGCUCAAGAAAUCAUUAAUACCGUUGCCCAUCCUGAUUAUAAAGAUCAAUUACAAGAUUACUUUGAUCGUGCAACUUUCUACUGUAAGAAAAAUAAAACUUUACACGAACCUCAUAUUUUGAAAGAUGCCUUCAAAAUGCAUAUGAAUUUACAAGAAAACGGUUCAAUGAAGUUGGAUUCCUGGGAUAAAAAAUUUUAA